AUGCCGAAGAAUUACCUCUCGUCACGAUACAACCAAGCAAUUCACCUGCGCAAUAAUUACUGGGAUGGAAUGUUUUGCACUUUGUUCUGGUCUCCGUUCGAAAGAGACAUCCCAGAAACACGCCCAAAAAAAAGCGGACACGGUCUAGUCUCCGCUGAUAGCAAUGCACCCGAAGAGGACGAUGGGCUUGAUCCAGUGCAAAUAACAUUUCACAACGAUUGGAUAAUUUCGGAGUAUCCUACUACAGUGAUUGAUCAAGACAGUUCCGCACGUUCGAGCACUCCGAAUACCAGCCGCACAGAAACGGCUUAUUCAUCAAAUCCGGAACCUGACAGUCCACAAGCCCUGUACAAGUGCGAAAAAUGUUCCAAACGCUUCCGAAAUCCUCGCCAGCUACGCAGUCACUGGAUCACACAUUCCGAGGAACGAUUGCACACCUGUGAUUGCGGUAAGAGUUUCAAAACGCGUGUAUAUUUGGGAAUUCAUCGCCGCAAGGCCGGCCAUCACAAUUGGACCAUAAAAUGCCUCAAGUGUGGUAAACCGUUUGCCAGGUCCAGUCACAUGGCUCGACAUGGUGCGGUGGCUUGCGAGAAGUUUUUGGCGAAACGGAGCAAGACUUUGCAAUCGUAG